AUGUCCGACUGGCUGAGGGUAUCCCACCCAUCGCAACACAGAAGUCGAUUCUUUGGACUCCUCGGCAUAAAUCUGUGUUUUGCUUUCAUCCUGUUGCGACGUACAUACGGCGGUCUAUGCCGCUAUGGAAUCUUGUUCGCCAUCAGCCAGGUGUUCCCUCUGCCGUUCGAGGUCACCGCCCCCGCGCUCGGCUGGGCGCUUCUCGGCAACAUCCUUCUCGACUUGUUCAUUUUCGUCACUCUUUUUCCUAUAGUACUUGACUUCACGAGAGGUCCAGCUAUGUUCCGACUUCGGUAUGGCUUCCCACAGGAGGAAGUUGUCUUCCGGAGACCUACACUUACAACCAUGGUCAACAUCGCCGCUCAGGCACCGCAAAAGAAAGAUACAUUCUUAAAGGAUCUAUUACGACGCGCCGUCGACCCGGAAGAAAUGAAUGAGAUAAACUUUGGCUUCCCAUGGGAAGAGUGGGCGUACGACUACAAGGCGAAUGACAGCUGCGUUUCCAAGACGUGGGAUGUGAGCACCUGGAUAAAGAUGAAAUCGGCGUGGUCGGUCAUUCAGCAAAAUAGCGAGGUGGACUACGAAAUGAAGCUUGGAAUGAUGGAAAAGCUCAAAGAUAAACUACGGGAGAUGGGCCAGGAGCAGGUUUUCAUGCAGAUGACCGAAGUCAUUCGGGCACACACUGUGUACACAGACGGUGUUCCUCAGCCCGUACCGGCGGAAGUUGACAAUAUCAUUUCUGAUAUAUUCAAGCGUAACGAUCUCGAUUUUGGAGGCAUUAUGAGGGACUAUCGCCAUGGAUAUUCCGCCGAAUUUCGAGACGGGGUCGAAGAAGGAAUGAUUGACGCAUUUGAGUUCAGUUUGUCACCGUUGGCAUCCAUCCAUACAUUUACAUUAUCUGUUUGACAUGUCGUCGUCGCGUUCUCGAGUUUCAUUCGAUUAUCCACGAUGCUGCUG